GUUUUAGUAGAACAUAAAAAUAAGCUUUAACAUAUGAUUUUACAAAUUGCCCCUAUUAUUCCUAUUAUUGCAAUAAUUACUCAUACAUUCAAAUAAUCAAAUGAUAAUUCUGGUCGAAAUUUCUGCUGAUCUGACGCGUUUCAUUACAAUCGUUUCUAUCGUUAAAGUUGAUAUUAAAAAUUUGAAUAAAUAUGUCUCAGGAAAAUGAAACCGCGGAAUUGAAGAGAAAACGAACUUCAGUUUAUGAGAUUCGUUCCGUGUUUGAUAAACGUGUAAAAACAACUAAUUCUCCUGAUGAAAGCUCGAAUAAACAAGUAGAAACUUUUCAAUAUUGGCUUAUGAAAGCUGAACCUAAUUCACGGAUUGUAAAGGGAAAAGAUGUAAAGUUUAGCAUAGAUGAUUUGGCCGAUAUGCCCGACGGUGUCUCUCAAUGGGAUGGUGUGAGAAAUUACGAAGCGCGUAAUAUUAUGAGAGACAAAAUGAAAGUCAAAGACAAAGUACUAUUUUAUCACUCUAAUUGCAAGACACCCGGAUUAGCAGGAUUAGCAGAGAUAGUGAAAGAGGCUUAUCCAGAUUAUACCGCAUUCGAUGAGUCUCAUCCAUAUUAUGAUCCGAAGUCAAAUAAAGAUAAUCCAAGAUGGUUUAUGGUUGAUAUUAAAUUUGUUCGUAAAUUCAAACGUUUUAUCACACUUAAAGAAUUGCAAGCUCACAAGGACAAAUUGAUGGAUAUGGUGUUAUUGAACCGCGGACGUUUAUCAGUACAGCCUGUGAAAAAAGAACACUAUGAUUUUAUUCUAGAAUUAGAAAUCAAACAAUGAAUUGAUAUAUGUUGCACGGCAUUUUUAGUUAAUAACAAAAGUCGUACGUCAUGUGAAUCAUCCAAUUAAAAACGGUAAAUGUACAUUCAAAACCGUGUUGUCUCA